AUGGCGGAAAACAACAGUGGCGGCGGGUUUGCGCUCGGCGUCAUACUCGGUGGGUUAGUUGGAGCAUUGGUGGCGUUAUUACUGGCGCCGAAGAAGGGUUCGGAGACACGCAGCGAUCUGCUGGAACGCAGCAUUGCGAUGCGCGCUCGCGCAGAGGAGAUUGCGGCGCAGGCUAGAACACAGGCGAAGGAGCGCGUCACUCCGAUGGUGGAACAGGUUAGCGCCCGCAUCAGCCGCAACAACGACGGCGGCGAAGAUACUUCGACCGCCGACGAGCAAGCAAGGCAAGAAAACGCCUAA